AUGAGUCAAGUUUCAACUUCAGAGGACAGUAAAGCUUCUCUUUAUGAUUACACGGAAAUCAGACUUGGACUGAAGAACAAAUUAAUAGAGGACUACGAGCGAUUAUUGCUUGGUAAUUCACAAAAGGGUCACCGGGAAUACCUGAACGAUAUUUACACUGAUUUGUAUGUGGUGGAGAAUGAGACUAGAGGAACAGUGAGUGAGCACGAGGUGAGACAAAUUGAAUCAAGUUACAAACACUUUACUACCACAGAAACACCAAUCCAGUGCAAUGACAUAUUCAAAGUGCAAGAUAUGGGUCGACAAAACAAAAAAGUGCUGACAAUGGGAAUCGCAGGGGUGGGAAAGACCGUCUCCGUCAAUAAAUUCAUCCUUGACUGGGCUGAAGGAAGAGAAAAUCAGGAUAUAGUCUUCAUAUUUCCACUCCCAUUCCGUAGACUGAAUUUGAUUAAAGAAGAGUUCAGUCUCAUGGGACUGCUUCACGAAUACUUCUUUAGUGGUCCUGAUAAACUUCCAUCUCUUCCAGAAGGUAAUGGUAAGGUAAUGUUCAUCUUUGAUGGGCUGGAUGAAUGUCGUUUCCUUUUGAACUUUAAAGAGGAUUACAGCAUUACAGAUAUUAACAAAAAAACAGCAGUGAAUAACAUAAUAACAAAUCUGAUCAAGAGACAUUUGGUUCCCUCUGCUCUCAUUUGGAUCACAUCCAGACCAGCAGCAGCCACUCUCAUAGACCGAAACUACAUUGAUCAGGUGACAGAGGUGCGAGGAUUCAAUGAUAAGCAGAAAGACCAAUACUUCAAAAAUAACAGCAGUCCCGAGGUUGCUGAAAACAUCAUGUGUCACAUCAGGAAAUCCAGGAGUCUGCACAUCAUGUGCCACAUCCCCGUCUUCUGCUGGAUCUCUCUCACUGUUCUUAAGCCUCUGCUGGCUCGAGAGAGCAAUGACAAAACACCCACAACUCUCACAGGGAUGUACAUAAACUUCUUACUUUCACAGAUGCAACAAAUGGAAACAAAAUAUAGUGAGGAUCCUAAACUUAAAGCUAAAGCCUGGUCUUCUGAUCAGAUUAUUCUGAAGCUUGGGAAACUGGCCUUUCAACAGCUGGAAAAAGGAAAUCUGAUUUUCUACAAAGAAGAUCUUGAGAAAUGUGGACUAGAUGUCAGUGAAGGGUCGGUGUACUCUGGGUUAUGCACUGAGAUCUUUCAGGAGGAAAAGGCUGUUUCUGCAAGUAAUGUUUACAGCUUUGUACAUCUCAGUGUCCAAGAAUUAAUUGCUGCACUCUAUGUGUUUUUUAUCAACAAAAACAAGAAAGCAAACCCAUUUCUAGGAUCCUGGAGAAAAAAACUAACAUGGAAAGUGUCCAAAAAAACACUGUUUAAACUUCAUAAAGCUGCAGUCAACAAGGCUUUACAAAGUGAGAAUGGACACCUGGACCUUUUUCUCCGGUUCCUGCUGGGUCUCUCACUGGAGUCCAAUCAGAGUGACCUGAAGGAACUACUGCCAGGGCUGAAGUGGAAAACAGAGAACAUGAAAGACACUGCCGACUAUAUCAAACAGACUAUAGAAGAGGAGAAUUCAGUUGAGAGGACCAUCAACCUCUUCCACUGUCUGAGUGAACUGAAAGAUGAUUUUGUGGAAGAAAUCCAGAAGAAUCUGAGCUCAGGAAAUCUUUCAGCACAGAAUCUCUCCUCUGCUCAGUGGUCCGGUCUGGUGUUUGCACUCCAGAUGUCAGAAGAGACUCAGGAGAAGUUUGAACUGCAGAAAUACAGAAGAUCUGAUGAAGCACUGAUGAGACUGUUGCCAGUCAUCAAAAACACCAGAAAAGCACUGCUACAGUGCUGUAAUCUCACUGCUCAGUCUUGUGAGAGCUUGUCAUCAGCUCUGUCAUCAAACUCUGUUCUGAGAGAGCUGGAUCUGAGUAACAAUGACCUGCAGGAUUCAGGAGUGAAGCUGCUUUCUGAUGGACUGAAGAGUCCAAACUGUCAGCUGGAGAUACUGAGGUAAAUUGUUUACCAUAAAAUAAUUAACACAAUGCUAUCAUAAUGAAUGACUUUUAAAUUUUGUCCACCAAAGCUGGCAUCUGGAAUGCCAGAACAAGAGAAAACACACACACACACACAUUUGCAGGCAUAUCAUUUUUUAUUUUUAAAGAUGCCUGUUCAACAGAUUUUUCAACCUGAGAAAAAUGACCAAAGUGGAUUGUGUAUAUCUGAGAAGAAAACAAAUGUUGAAAUAUUCUGACGAAAAAUUUUGCAUUUAUUUCAUGCAUGAAUUGCUCUGAACCGAAUUGCACAAGCUAACGGCACCAUCUAGUGGCUGUGUGCGGGAUGACAACAGCAUAUAAGACAGGAUUUAGAAUGACCACUCACCAGGCACCAAGUGCAAGUAAAAACUGAAGUGCCUUGGAGAGACACUAACUGUACUGGUGUUGUUAGUCACCAGUUUAUAAGGAUACAG